AUGGCGGACCUCCAGGCGGAGGGCGGAGUCGAGAUGGAGGUGCAGGCCUUCCAGGCCGAGAAGGGGCUGGACGAGCGCUGCCUGAAGGGCCUCAGAGAUCUGCACCCCGGGGAGCGCGCCGCGGCCGGCCGCGGGAGGGGCGGGCGGCCUGGCCCGAGGGCGGAGCGGACGGAGCCACGCAGGCUCGCUUGGCUGGGCCACGGCGCGGGAGGGCGGCAAGCGCUGCUCGCCCUGGCAGGCGCGGUCCCGAGGCCCGGCGCGCCGCCAAAGAGUGGGCUCGCCUCUCGGCGGACCGAGCCCUCGCAGAAACGGUCCGACGAGCUCGGGAGGGAGAGGGGAGCCCGUUCGCAGCUGCAGGGCGCUGUUGCUGCCUUUCUCGGGGACCCAGGGCUGGCCGAGCGGCUCCUGGCCAUCGUGCCAUACCUCCAGCCGCUGCUCGAGGGCCGUCCCCCGUCGGCGUCGGAGUCGCGGAGGCGCGGCGUCGCCCUGCGUGCGGAUGCUCGGGGAGCCGGUGCGGCGACGGCCUCGGACGCGCAGGUCGUGCCCCCUGGCGAGAUGGCGCCCGCUGCAGAGGCAGCCGUGGGCGCGCCGACGGUCAGCACCGAGGAGCAGGCGUUGCAGUCCGACCCGGCCGAGGAGCAGGAGAACGGAGGCUACUCCUCCAUGAACGGCUCCGCCUUGCCCAGGUCUGCCCGGUGCUGCUACAGCUGGAUUCGCGAGGUCCGCCCUCGCCUGCGGGUCCUGCGAGAGCUUUCGAGCGACCAGGGCGAGAAGGAGCCAGCCGCGGGCCAUGUGGAAGGCAGCGCUGCAUGCGCCGAGGCGUCGCCGCUGCCGCAGGCCAGCGGAGCUGAUAUCGUCGGCCGAGGCGGUGACGCCGUGCUCGGCCACGCUUGCGGGACAGCAGGCAUCCCGCGUGCGCCGCCCUCGCUCGUGGCGCCACCGUGGGUGCCCCUCGGCGAGGCGGUAGGCCGCAGCGUUCAAGGCAUCCUGCCGGGACAGGGCCUCGCCAAGAUGGCGUGGCGUGACGUCGUCGCGAGGCUUCUCGACCAGCUGGUGGCGGAUGCUGUGCAUGAGUUUUGGGGCAAUGCUGCUGGCGGUCUCCGCGGGCUGGUCGAGAAGGAGUUCUUUCGCCAGGGCGCGCUGUUGAGUGGCACCGACGGCGCCCCUCGGCGCGGCUCCCGUGCGGCGGCUGCGGCGGUGGCUGCUGCGGCGUGGGGCGCCGCCCUAGGGGUGAUUCUUUUUUUCCGCUGGAUGGCGCGCCCAGCGGCGGGCCGCGCGCGGGCCGAGAGGGUGGAGGAGGCCCCGCUCGCCGUCCAGGCCGCAGCGGGGUUUGCUCAGAAGCCCGCGGUGUCGUUUGCCAAGGGCGUCCUGCGAGGGCGUGGGCAGAUCGGGCGCCGCCUCGGCGGCCGCCUCGGGCGCGUGUGGAAGGCGCGCAAUGCGGAGUGCCACCCAGACGUCGCCCUGCCCGCCGACGUCGAGGCCCUCUUGGAGUUCGCGAAGGCGGAGGGCGGCAUCGCCGGCAGCAAUUUGAAUGAGGCCAGUGAGAACGCCGCCGAGGGGGCGCCCCAGGUGUCGCUCGCGCAGCCGCGCGGGGGCCGCAGGCGCCGCCGCCGAGGCGCCGCCUCCAGCAACGCCCAAGACGAGGGCGAAGAGUUGGGCCAGUCGCUGGGCGAGGGCGUCGCCGUGGAGCCGAUUGCGCCGAGCUUCGGGGAGGGGCCCGAUGCCCCGCGCGUCGGUGUUGUGACGGAGGUCAACGGGAAGGUCAGGUGGGCUGCAGCCGGUCUAGGCCACGCAGUCGGCGGCACCUUCGAUGGCGCGCUCGCUGGGGAGGCGCAGGCGUUCAUGCUCUCCCGGGUGGCCGUCCCACCCUUCGCGCGCGGGGGCGUCGCGGAGGGCGCGUGGCUGCUCGGCACAUCUGGAGCGCGCGCCUCCGCGGGCCGCCUCGUGCAGCGGCCGGCGCGCGAGCUGGCCGAGGCCCGGGGCGAGGCAGCCAGGCUCCGCGUGCUGCUCGAGGCGAAGCUCGACGCCGACGGGGGCCCCGAGGUGCUGCGGCGCGAGGCAAUCACGCGGCCCGAAUUGGCUGCCCGCGUCGCAGGAAAGCCCGAGGCCCCAGCGGCCAGGCGCCAGCGCAACGUGGCAUGGCGCGCCGCCUUCUGCCUGGAGGCUGGGGCGGAGCCGUCCGCCCGGCGCAGGGCCGAGCGCGGGCCCCGUCUGGGCGUGGCCCCCAGCCUGGGGGCAGCGCUGCCGCCGCCGCUGGAGAUCGAGAUCGAGGUCUGCGUCGCCGAGCCAGCCGUUGCGCUCCCGCGGCCCGCUGUUGUGUGGGUGCGCCUGCGUUCUGGCGCCCUGCCGCCGCGGUCGCGCGGCGCGCCGCUGCGCUCCUCGGCGCGGCCGCGCGUGUCCGCGCGGGGCCAGGUCGGCCUCAAACAAGCAAGCGCGGACGCGUCCCUCAUGGCUGCCUUCCGGUACUCUUUCCUGGUUGCGUUUUUGUUCUUGGGCCCAGCCGCCGUCCCUGGCAUUGAUGCGGCUCGGGUCAAGUCGGCCUAUGAGUCAGAGGCCGGGGACGGCAAGGCCGCCUCCAACGCGACGGCAGCGUCAGCUUCGAAGGAGGGCAAGACGGCCUAUGAGCUCUUGUGCGGUACCCGCCUUGGUGUGAGGAAGUGGAUCGAGAACCCGUGCGGCAUGUUCAGCCCCACGUGCCAGAAACUGGACUUCAAGUGCGACGGCGAUUCGCGCGUGGAGGAGCUGACGAUCGGAUGGCACCAGGACACGCUGGGCCUCGGCUCGCUCGCCAACCUCCUGGCGCCUCGCACGGGCUGGCCCAUCCUGGACUCCCUGGCCGAGAAGAUCGGCACCUUCAUGACCUUCAAGAUCAGCAAGGACCUCACGCCUGUUGAGGAGCCAGGCAAGCCGCUUGUCACCCGCUACUUCUUGCAGUCUUUCGGCUGCGAAGGCCCGAAGGACGAGUGCUACAUCCCGUGGCCUGAGUACGAGCCGAUCCGAGAGACGGGAGUCAACGUGGGUGUCACACGCUUCUACCUCGCCUACAGCGAGGAGGUUCCAGGGCACCCCGAGGCCCGCAUCGAGAUGGGCCAGUGGGCAACGAGACAUUCGAAGUCCAAUUUUACGCUCCUUGGGACGGGCGUGGAACCACCGCCGACGCUGUUGUUUGCAGGCUCGACAGGUACAGGCUGCGCAAAAAACAUGCCCUGUGAUAAGCCCGAGAACCACGAGGUGCCUGUGCCGUUCAAGGAGUUCGAGGUCACGACCUACCAUCUGAUGGAGUACCCCCAGGGUUCCGGCCUGUACCAGCUCAAGAGCGACAUGAACAAGGCUGUCCAGGAGGAGACCGUAAUCCACAAGUUCAAGGAGAACAACUGA